UGGCCGCGGCAGGUGGUCCUAGCAGCCUUCCGGCUCAGCGCCUCGCUCUCCGCGUCAGCAGCGAGUCUCCGGCUCGCAGGUAGGGAGCGUUCUCGCUCACUGGCCAGCGUCUUUGCCCAUCAAUAGGGCACUUUAAAACCUGCAAUCUAUAGACCCUUUCUUUGGAAUGGAGAGAGGAGAAAGGGAGGGGGAAACAUGAUGGUUUGUUUGGGUGAAAUAGAGUCGAUUAGGUUUAAUAAGAAUAAGUAGCAAUUUUAGCUUUUCGCUAGACGGGAUUCAAUUUUGCUUAAUGUCAAUCUUGUAAGUACAUAUAUGUUUCUGAGUGUUCACGAAUGUGGUACUGAGGUGGGUUGCCGGGUCUAGAGGGAAAUUUUUAGACUGGAGGUCGUGACACCUGGGUCCCAGACCACCCACAGCAGCGCUCACCAGCGAUCUGAUCAGGGUCAUUCCAGAAAGAUGAGGAUAUGUAGUAUCUUUACAUUCAUGGCUUACUGUUGUUUGCUGGAAGCAUUUACUAUCACAGUUCCCAAGGACAUGUAUGAGGUAGAGUAUGGCAGCAAUGUAACAUUGGAAUGCAGAUUUCCAGUCGACAAACAAUUAAACUUGCUUGCAUUAGUUGUUUACUGGGAAAUGAAGGAUAAGAAAAUUAUUCAAUUUGUGAAUGGCGAGGAAGACCUGAAUGUUCAGCACAGUAGCUACAGCCAGAGGGCCCAGCUGUUGAAGGACCAGCUCUUCUUGGGAAAGGCCUCACUUCAGAUCACAGAUGUGAAAUUACAAGAUGCAGGGGUUUACUGCUGCUUGAUCAGCUAUGGUGGUGCCGACUACAAGCGGAUUACUUUGAAAGUCAAUGCUCCAUAUCGCAAAAUCAACCAAAGAAUGUCUCUGGAUCCAGUCACCUCUGAACAUGAACUUACAUGUCAGGCUGAGGGUUACCCAGAGGCCGAAGUCAUCUGGACAAGCAGUGACCACCAAAUCCUAAGUGGCAAAACCACCAUCACCAGUUCCCAGAGAGAGGAGAAGCUUUUCAAUGUGACCAGCACGCUGAGAGUCAAUGCAACAACUAAUGAGAUUUUCUACUGCACUUUUCGGAGAUUAGGUCCUGAGGAAAACAGUACAGCUGUGUUGGUCAUCCCAGAACCAUAUGUGGAUCCAGCAAGAAAGAGGACUCACUGGGUGAUUCUGGGAGCUCUUCUAUUAUUCAUUGCUGUGACAGCCAUCUUCUGUCUAAAAAGAAAUGUGAGAAUGAUGGAUGUGGAAAAAUGUGGCAGCCGAGAUAUGAACUCAGAGAAACAAAACGAUACACAAUUUGAGGAGACGUAACCCAGCAUUGAAACUUCUGAUCUUAAAGCAGGGAUUCUCAGCCUUUGGUUUGAGUUCGUCAGGGCUAAGCAUGAUCAGAGGCAUGCAAAGGGCCAGUGGGCUGCAGAUGACAUAGGACUUAAAAGGCCAAACUCUGAAAAUGGAAGUUGGAAAAGAAAGAAGAACAAAGGAAGGAGUAAAAAGGGUAGCCUGAAAGGAAACCUUGGUACUUCAAAAUGACUGGGACACUCAUCAAUACAUACAAAAAGGAGAAGACACUUCUGAAUGAUGAGCCUUCAUUCAAAUUGUCCAUCACUCAUCCUUGGAAAACAAGUUGAGAUUCCCUGAUUUAAUGGUCAGUUCUUACAGAAGUGCCCUUUGCCUUCACUCAGUGUCUUGAUUUGUCUUCUGUGUGAUUGAGAGUCCUAAUGUU